CCUCCCUCUCUCUUUCUCUCUCUGCCUCUUCCUCUGUCGCUGUGUCUCUCUCGCAAACCCUUUCGAUUCGAUCCAAUCCGAGAAGUCUAUCUAAAUCUUUCCUUAAUUGGCGGAAAUCUAGGGUUUUUUGUUUUUUUAUUUUUGUUUCCUUUUAUUGUCUUGUGUUGGCGAAUUGUUGAUUGGUGAUUGUUGUUGUUGGGGCGUCAGGGUUUGUGGGCGCUUGCAGAUCUGAGUAAGGUUUCGUGUUAAGUGGGCGUUUUCUUCGGUAAAUUUUAACGAUGUUUUGGCGUAUGGCAGGGCUCUCCACGGCGUCGCCGGUGGAGGCAAUUUUGGAUAAGGACAACUUUACGCUGGAGGAGCUUCUUGAUGAGGACGAAAUUAUUCAAGAAUGCAAAGCUCUGAAUGGGCGUCUUAUCAAUUUCUUGCGAGAAAGGACUCAGGUUGAGCAAUUGAUUCGCUUUAUUGUGGAAGAAGCUUCCGAGGAUGCUGAAAAGAGGCGAUCGUUCAAGUUUCCUUUCAUUGCAUGUGAGAUUUUUACUUGUGAGGUUGAUAUUAUACUCAAAACGCUUGUGGAGGAUGAGGAGUUAAUGAAUUUGUUGUUUUCCUUUCUGGAACCAAAACACUCCCAUAGCACACUGUUGGCUGGGUACUUUAGCAAGGUUGUCGUAUGUCUAUUGUUGCGGAAGACAGUUUCUUUUAUGCACUAUAUUAAGGCUCAUCAGCAAAUUCUUCAGCAGCUGGUUGACUUGAUUGGCAUUACAUCUCUCAUGGAGGUAUUAAUACGUCUGAUUGGUGCUGAUGAACAUAUGUAUAACAACUAUACGGAUGCAGUGCAGUGGAUGGAAGAAACAAAUGUGCUGGAGAUGAUUGUGGACAAGUUCAGCUCUUCUGAUUCCCCAGAGGUGCAUGCCAAUGCAGCUGAAACACUUUGUGCUAUAACGCGAUUUGCUCCCCCUGGUCUUGCUGCUAAAAUCUCCAGCCCAAAUUUCAUUGGCAGAUUGUUUCGUCAUGCUUUGGAAGAAUCACGCCCAAAGUCUGUGCUUGUUAACUCAUUGUCUAUAUGCAUAUCCUUGUUAGACCCUAAAAGGCUAACCUUGGGCACAUAUCAUACAUAUAACCGCCAACUUAAUCAUGAGUCUGCAGUAACUGUGAGUCCUGAGACGGUAGAAGGGAUGCUGGAGAGCUUAGGUGAUCUCCUGAAGCUUUUGGAUGUUUCAUCUGCAGAAAGUGUCUCGUUGACUACAUUUGGUAAAUUGCAACCGCCUCUGGGAAAGCAUCGUUUGAAGAUUGUAGAAUUCAUUUCAGUGUUACUUACAGUUGGAAGUGAAGCUGCUGAGAAGGAAUUAAUUCGUCUUGGAGCAGUCCAAAGGAUUUCAGACUUGUUUUUUAAGUAUCCGUACAAUAACUUUUUGCAUCACCAUGUAGAGAUCAUAAUAUGUUCAUGUUUAGAGAGCAAGAAUGCUAGUCUUAUUGGACAUGUUCUCCAUGAAUGUAAUCUUGUUGGAAAAAUACUCGAGGCAGAGAAGAAUUUCACAUUGGUGGCUGACCCGGGCAAGCCAACAAUUCCUGCUGAUGGUAGACCACCACCAAGGAUAGGCAAUAUUGGACACUUGACACGUAUAUCCAACAAACUUGUUCAAUUGGGGAAUAACAAUGGUGAUAUUCUGGCUUGCUUGCAGGAAAAUGGUGAAUGGACUGAUUGGCAUGCCAAUGUCUUAACAAAGCGUAAUGCAGUGGAAAAUAUCUAUCAGUGGGCCUGUGGGAGGCCGACUGCUCUACAAGACCGAAGAGAUAGUGAUGAUGAUGAUUACCAAGAUAGAGAUUACGAUGUUGCAGCCCUAGCAAAUAAUUUAAGCCAGGCAUUUCGAUAUGGCAUUUAUGGCAAUGAUGACAUUGAUCAGGGGCAUGGAUCACUCGAACGUGAUGAUGAGGAUGUCUACUUUGAUGAUGAAUCUGCCGAAGUAGUUAUUUCUUCUCUGCGUUUGGGAGAUGACCAGGAGAGUGGCUCCCUUUUUACAAAUUCCAACUGGUUUGCUUUCGAGGAUGACAGAGUUGCCAAUGAACGCUCUGCAGGAGCACAUGCUUCUCCUUCGCCUAAUAAUGAUGAAACUGGUGGUGUUAAUAGUGCAGGCAGUGAUCAAGUUAUGGUCGGAGAAGACGUCGACUUGGAUGACACUGCAUCAUCUUCUCCUGUGCCUGAACUAAGUAUAGAUGAUACGUCAGUGAACAAUUCAUCUAAAGAUGUAAAAGAAACUAGUGCCAAUGAUAAACCACCUGUAUGGGUUGAAUGGAGGGAGACGCCAGAUUUCAAUUAUCUUUCUGGUUCCAAUGUAACUCUCGUGCCAAAUGGUGAUUCAGAGAAUCAAGGUGGUGAUGGUGAUCCAGAUGUUGCUGGAGGAUUGCCAAAUGCAACAAAUGAAAGCCCUACACCCAUUCUUUCUGCAUUUUCAGAAACAGGUAUUGAAAAUCCAAGUGUGGAUCCUAUUGCUUCUGAUGAUGAGACAACUGUAAAAACUGAAGGAAUUGCUGAGGCCAGCAGCAAAGAUGAACCAAAAGAUGUCGUUAAGCAAGCUGAGAACUAAAUGUAAAUUUUCAGGAGUUUGUUUAAUUGCCUAACUAAUACACUGCAACAGCAACAUUGAUCAGGCGGGAAGAUGAAUACUGAGAGCACUGUUGACUGUAUUUUAGAGCCUUCUGUACAUCAUCGAUGGGCACUGUUGUUUAGUAGGGUUGAUUCUUUUUCCCCACCUGCAAAAGUUUGAGCUCUCUCUCGCUCGCUCUCUCCAAAGGGAUGAUGAAUAGGGUCUUAUUUUCCACCUUUUCUAUCUGGCAAUCCAAUGCUUUUAUUAAUUAUUUACCUUCUAGCUUCUCCUUGGUAGUUGAUUUAGAAACUGGAAUUGUCACCUGGUACUUGGAUUUUUCCUUUUUUUUUUUUUUGGCACGAUUUAAAUCCAUAUAUUUUUUUCCUUUCACAUGAAUGCCAAAGUGUUGAUCAUAGAAUCA